UCUUCAGGAAACCGGCAUAAUAAAUUCACAGCAUGAUAACCAUAGAACUAUCACAGUGCUUAGUAGACAGAAUUCAGCAAUGUUUCUAACACAACGCUGAUGAAUUUUUGAUUCUGGUCAACAGAUGAUAAGUUUGAUGGAAAAACCUUGAACUUAAACCUGAUGCUCAACCUGACACUUAGCCCUGCUUGACUGUAUAUUUUUUCCCUUUGCUACUGCAGGGGGCGUGGUUUCCCGAGUCCUCCUCUUCCGAAGGCGGAGAGUUUUCGCUCCUGACGUCAAACGUUUUGACCACGCCCCCUCCUGCUGGCCGUUAGAGGGCGGGGCUGGAGCAGGAGGCUGAGCCUGAUUCCCACGUGUGACGAUUUUGCCUUCCCGCUUCGGUAAUAUUCCUCCUGCGCUUCUGUUUGCGCCUCGUCCCACUCUCUCUCUCUCUCUCUCUCUCUCUCUCCCUCCCUCUCUCUCCGUUCUGUAUGUUUGUGUGUGUGAGAGAGAGUGAGUGCGUGUGUGUGUGUGUGAGUGAGUGUGUGAGAGAGAGAGUGUGUGUGUCUCGUAGUUUUAUUGCCCUGUAGUUUUUUUGUGAGACAGCGCUAUGGAUGGAGACGGGAGCCAAGCCACGUCCGGAAGCCCGAGCGACACACAGCAUGACCCGGGCAAAAUGUUUAUCGGUGGCCUGAGUUGGCAGACCUCACCAGACAGCCUUAGAGACUAUUUCAGCAAAUUUGGAGAGAUCAGAGAAUGCAUGGUGAUGCGAGACCCCACAACCAAACGCUCAAGAGGCUUCGGGUUUGUUACGUUUGCUGACGCAGCCAGUGUAGAUAAAGUCCUAGCUCAGCCGCACCACGAACUGGACUCAAAGACGAUUGACCCUAAAGUGGCCUUCCCUCGCCGCGCUCAGCCUAAGAUGGUCACAAGAACAAAGAAAAUAUUUGUUGGAGGUCUGUCAGCGAACACAGUGGUGGAUGACGUGAAGCAGUAUUUUGAGCAGUUUGGGAAGGUAGAAGAUGCUAUGCUAAUGUUUGACAAGACCACUAACAGACACAGAGGCUUUGGCUUCGUAACUUUCGAGAAUGAAGACGUUGUAGAGAAAGUCUGUGAAAUUCAUUUCCAUGAAAUCAAUAAUAAAAUGGUAGAAUGUAAGAAGGCCCAGCCCAAAGAGGUGAUGUUCCCCCCGGGCACACGGGGCAGGGCCAGGGGUCUGCCCUACACCAUGGACGCCUUCAUGCUGGGAAUGGGCAUGCUGAGUUACCCAAACAUCGUGGCGACGUAUGGGCGCGGAUACACUGGAUUUGCUCCGAGUUACAGCUACCAGUUUCCCGGUUUCCCGGCAGCGGCGUAUGGUCCGGUGGCGGCAGCGGCGGCAGUGGCAGCAGCACGAGGCUCAGGUAGGGGCGCCCGAGGAAGAGGCAGCUACGUGGCGUACCCACAGAACCCGGGGCCAGGCUUUCCCGAUUAUGGGUUUUAUUCCGCGCCCAGUGACCAGCGGGGGGCGCCCUGCUCCUUUGCCGACUAUGGCUCCCUGGGGCCUCAGGCGGCUCAGAUGCUGCAAAGCGAGCACGCCACAUCUGCCUGCAACUCUCCCCUGCAGCACCUUCACAGCCCGGAUCAGUUUAAGAGCCCAGGUGCUAACCCCGCUCGGCCCGGAGCCUUCCCGGGUGCCAACAGUCCUGGGCCUGUAGCUGAUCUGUAUGGGCCGACUAGUCAGGAAUCAGCCGUGGGGAACUACAUCAGUGCUGCUAGUCCUCAGCCCGGCUCUGGCUUCAGCCACGGCAUUGCUGGCCCCUUGAUUGCGACGGCUUUUACAAACGGAUACCAUUGAAACCUAACAGGUGGUCGGUCGCCAUCUCAGUGGAGCAUAAAUCUGGAGGUCCUGGGAAGAUGAGCCGAAGUUUCUAACUGGUCGUGUACAGGUGAUGACGUGAGACUUCAAGCACUGCAGCAUCCCAUUGUGAAAGGGACAGGGGGUGGCACCAUGAAGAAGAAAAGAACAAAGGAUAUGUUAAGCUCUUUUAAAUAAUAAUAAUAAUAAUAAAAAUAAUAUUAAUAAUAAUAACUGCUGUACCAUACCCCCCCACCCUCGUGUAACCACAUAACUUUUAUUUGUUCUGUAUAUUUUAUUUCACUUUAUUUUCUGCUUUUAGUCGGUUAUGUAGUUGGGGAUAAAGGUUUGGUUUGUGAUCAUUUUGAUUUUUUCUUAUUUCUGUUUCAAGUGAAUUUUCUUUUGGCAUUUUGGAAAGUGUAAUUUUUGUGUUUACUGGUCAUGUCUGAAUUACCUUUGGUACCAAUUGUUGUAAAGCUCAGAUUUUAUGGUGUCAUAUUUGCACAAAAACAGUUAAUGAUCCAGCGUUACAGCUUUGAAAGAACAUUUCAUUUCGAGUGAAAACCGAGAGAUAAACUGACCUAAUCAAUCUUAGUAGCUGUUUUUAAUUCUUGUGAUGUCUCAUUGUCGAUCAUAAUUACCUAUUUUUGGGCAAUACAAAGAGGACUCCAAUAUUUUUAUGGUCCUUUUUUUUUAUAAGUGUUGUUUUUGUCGUUUAGGGGAGAAAAAAAAAAGAAAAAAAGAAAUGUAUACUAUGGCAUUUUUUUCAAAUGAA